AUGGAUUCGUUCUACACUAACUCUACAGCGGUCCCCAGCGCCCACGCCAGCGCUCUUAACGACAGCUCGCCCUGGCCCUGCUUUCACCAUUUAGCUGGGUUUGCCUUCCUGUCAGCGGUAGAGCUGCUCACCGCAGCUGUGGGCUUUCCCGCCAACGUGAUGGUGCUCUGGGUUUUACUGAGGAGGAAAUCUGCCAUCUCCUCAUCCGAGAUCUUCGUUCUCAACCUGGCUGCCAUGGACGCUUUCGUUUGCCUCAACGCACCUUUUGCGAUAUAUAAUAUUUACUUUCUGAAUAAUUACAUGAUUUUCAUUGGAACAAAUUGUAUCUAUUUUUUUAACCUGGUUGGCAGCCCCCUGUUCCUCUGUUGUAUUUGUGUGGAGCGCUACAUGGCCGUGGCGCACCCGGUCCGUUACCUGCGGUUCAAGUCUCUCGCCUACAGAGUGGCAGUCUGCGCUGUGGCUUGGGCUGUAACUGUAGCCAUCUCCAGCUAUCUAACAGCAUACAUAUUCAAUUUACCUACGAAUGUAAUGGCAGGCUACACCUCUGCCUUGCUCGUGGUCAUGGUCUUCUGUAAUGUGUCUCUCCUCCGGUCCCUGAGACAGUCUGGCCCGGGGCGAGAUGAGGUUCACCCCGUCAAGAAGAAAGCUUUCCAGACCGUUUUCACCAUCUUCAUUAUUUUGCUGGUGUUUUACUCCCCGUCGGUUGUCAUCUACCCUUUUCAAUCGUACUUCAGUCCCAUCGUGUUUCAAUGUUACGUAGGGCCGGUGUGUUCUGCCUUCAUCAUGCCCAGCAGCUGCAUGCAACCCCUGCUGUAUCUGUACAAUGUGGGGAAGCUGACGUGUGCGCUGCUCCCUUGCUGUGCUGCCCCGAGCCCUGGUCCGUGA